GCUAGCACUUCUUGAAGUUUAAUGAAUGGUUUUUUCAUGUGAAGGUGGUUGGACUUCCUAGGAGUUGUCAUUUUCUGGGAGCACAUAUGGUUUCUAAGACAAUGCAUAGUGAACAAACCAGGACAGGCUAUAGUGUAUGGCAAUUAUAAAAAGAGAAUCUCUAAAUAUUUCUGUGCCUCUGAUGGAAAAGUAUGAAAAACACUGAUCUGAUUAUAUUUUACAAGGUGUUUCAGGGCAGUUUUCUCAAAGUUGCUAUAUGGAUAUUCAGCAGGAAUGCUUUCAUGUGUACAGAAGGCAAAAAUGUACCUGAGAUUCUGGCACUGCCCUUGUUUUCCAAAAAUAUGCAAAAUCAUUAACAUUGAAGAAGUCUAACAGGAGAAUCAGUAACAAACUGAAACAAGCAUCUUGGUUAUGCAUGUGUGUAUAGGCAUUAUGAAGACAAGUUGAGAUUGUUUCCUACUACUGCAGUAAUGUCUUAUCAAGAAAUCAUGUAGGUGUUGUAUAAUAAGUUGCCUUUUUCAGUGUUGUCCUUCCCCUCCACCCUUCUGUUUCAGUUCACAUGACAGGACUUUGUACUCAUUUACUGAUAAUAAGUGCACAGCCAUCUUGUUUGAAAAUUAGAAUCAGAAACUGAAACAAUUCCGUGCUGCAAGGGUGCUCUCCAGGUGGAUUUUGGUAAGUGUAGACCUAUGUUAAAGCCUGUCAGACCAGCAGCUGAGGCUGCUUUAACACGGGGAGAGCCAGAGUUGCCAAUAGGGAGCAGUAUGUACCGCUGGCAGGUGGAAGAGCCUGUGCUGUGUGGAAGGAAGUCAUGGAGGAGACAAACAGAGAGACGCAGCAGCAUCCAGAAUAGUUAUUAAUGCUCAAGUGGCAGUGGGAAUAGCAGUACCUGGGCAAGCAGAAUUGGAGGAGUUGAGCCUCUGCAUCCAGAAGGAAGAAGAUGGGACCCCUUUUACUUCUAAUGAUUUGUCACUGUGCCAUAAACAGUGUCAAAAUGCAGAGUGUUUCAAAUCCCAAUAUAGUUUUACUGAUGGCUGAUGAUCUUGGUAUUGGAGACCUGGGAUGUUAUGGGAACAAAACCUUAAGAACUCCUAAUAUUGACAGGCUAGCAGAGGAAGGAGUGACACUUACUCAGCAUAUAGCAGCAGCCCCACUUUGUACUCCAAGCAGGGCAGCUUUCCUGACAGGGAGAUAUCCUAUAAGAUCAGGAAUGGCUGCCUUCUCACGAGUUGGUGUCUUCUUAUUUUCUGCCUCUUCUGGGGGACUUCCUUCUGAAGAAAUAACUUUUUCCAAGCUCCUGAAACAGAAAGGUUACGCAACCGCUCUAAUAGGAAAGUGGCAUCUUGGGAUGAACUGUGAAAGCAGUAAUGACUUCUGUCACCACCCCCUCAGUCAUGGAUUUGAUUACUUUUAUGGGCUCGCCGUGACCAAUUUUAGAGACUGCAAACCUGGCCAAGGCAGCGUAUUUUUAAAAGGGGUUCAGAACGCCCUUGUCAUCCCAGUCCAAAUUGCUGGAAUCACCCUUGUCUCUUUGGCAAUAGUGCAGUACAUUGGCCUCCUCAAUGUACGUUUCCAAGCCUUCGGUUACUGCUUGUUAAUAAUCACAAUUUCACUUGUGGUUUUGAUAUUUUUCUUCUAUCAUUUUCGACACUUAAACUGCUUCUUAAUGAGGAAUCAUAAGAUUAUCCAGCAGCCACUGUCCUAUGAGAACCUUACUCAGAGGCUGACAAAGGAAGCCAUGCAGUUUAUUGGAAGGAACACUGAUGCACCCUUUCUGCUUGUCUUGUCUUAUCUUCAUGUCCACACUGCUCUAUAUGCUUCAGAAAAUUUCAGAGGAAAGAGCAAGCAUGGCUUAUAUGGUGAUGCAGUGGAGGAAAUGGACUGGAGUGUAGGACAAGUUCUGGAUAUGCUGGAAAAACACAAUCUGAGUGACAAAACUCUUGUAUACUUUACAUCUGACCAAGGGGCUCAUGUUGAAGAAAUUUCUAUUGCUGGAGAAGUCCAUGGAGGAUACAAUGGCAUAUAUAAAGGUGGAAAAUCAACAAACUGGGAAGGAGGUAUUCGUGUGCCAGGCCUUCUCCGUUGGCCUGGAGUGAUACAGGCUGGUGCCUAUAUUGAUGAGCCAACAAGUAAUAUGGAUAUAUUUCCUACCAUAGUCAAACUUGCGGAGGCACAGUUACCCUCUGACAGAAUUAUUGAUGGACAUGAUCUGCUGCCCUUACUUCAAGGAAAAGUUACUCGAUCUAAGCAUGAAUUUCUCUUCCAUUACUGUAAUGCAUAUUUAAAUGCAGUGCGCUGGCAUCCAGGAAACAGUAAGUAA